CUCAAAGGAACUAAAAUGAUGAAAUUGUACGUAGAUGAAUCUCAAGACAAAUUCAAAGGACAGUGUUUAUUUUUUGUACGUGCUAGAAAUGACUUGCCUGUGAACAUUAAGACAAUGAAUGAGGACAUAUACUAUUCAUCAUUGGAUGGAAAUGAAGGUCUUUUGCUUGGCAUCAAAAAUACCUUGGCAACAGUUUUUCUGCCUGCUGUUCUUGCCACAAGCAAUUGGGGUGCUUUAAAUCAGACCAAGCAGGGAGAACUUGAAAAACAAAGUUUCAUCGAAACAUUGAACAGAUAUUUGGCAUUUUUGGAUGGUGCUAGAGUGAGCAUCCAGGGAACUGUUCAACUGAAAAAAAUAGAUAACAUUGACUUUUCCAAAUUCCAGUCUUUUGAGGAAGUGACAGCAGCAGCUGCCAAUCCUGAUAUUAUACAUCAAUUGGAGGAUGCACUUAUGAUAUGGUACAAGCAAAUUGAGCAAGUUUUGAUUGAGAGUGAACAGAUGAGAAAGGAAGCUGAUGACUCAGGUCCACUUACCGAAUUAGAGCACUGGAAACGAAUGUCUGCCAAAUUUAAUUUUAUUAUUGAGCAGAUUAAAGGACAACCUUGCAAAUCUGUCAUAAAUGUUCUCAACGUUUCACGUUCCAAAAUUGUAAAGCUGUGGCGAGAACUGGAUGCCAGAAUUACAGAUACAGCCAAUGAAUCCAAGGAUAAUGUUAGAUAUUUAUACACACUUGAAAAAGUUUGUCAGCCACUCUAUAAUUAUGAUUUAGUUUCCAUGGCCCACGGAAUACAGAAUUUGAUUAAUGCUAUAAGAAUGAUUCAUAGUGUUUCCAGAUAUUAUAAUACUUCUGAAAAAAUGACAUCUCUCUUUAUCAAAGUUACAAAUCAGAUGGUCACAGCAUGUAAAGCAUAUAUCACUGAUGGAGGAUAUAGCCGUGUAUGGGAGCAGGAUACUCCAACAGUAAUUCAGAAAAUUAAGGACUGUAUUUUUUUGUUUAAAGAAUAUCAGAAAAGUUUUCAUAAAACAAGAAAACAAAUUUUGGAAACUUCAGGGGAGAAGACAUUUGAAGUAUCUGAGAUGUACAUUUUUGGCAAAUUUGAAGCUUUCUGUAAAAGGCUAGAAAAAAUAACAGAGAUGAUAACGAUUGUUCAGACUUUUUCUGCACUGAGUAUGUCUACCAUUGAAGGAAUUGAUAUUAUGGCAAUUAAAUUCAAAAAUAUCUACCAAAGUGUUCAAAAGAAGAAAUAUGAUAUCCUUGACCCACGAAAAACAGAAUUUGAUGUAGACUUUGCAGAUUUCAUGACAAAAAUUGAAAAUUUAGAGGUCCAAAUACAGACAUUUAUGGGUGCUUGUUUCGUAAAAAUCUUAUCUUCACAACAUGCUCUCCAGUUGCUUCAGAGAUUUCAGAAAUUGAACAUGCCAUGUCUUCAGAAUGAAAUUGCAUAUACAGUUGGGCGUAUUCUUCAGCACUAUGUUGCCGAACUUGAAGCAACUAAGAAGCUUUAUCAGGUGCAAAAGGAUAAUCCUAUCCUGGCUCGAAACAUGCCACCUGUAGCAGGAAAGAUACUGUGGGUGAGACAACUCUUCAGGCGUAUAAGUGAGCCAAUCAACUAUUUUUAUAAAAACUCAGACAUCUUGGCAAGUGUGGAAGGAAAAGCAGUUGUUCGAUUAUAUAAUAAAAUUUCCUAUGUAUUGGUGGAGUUUGAGGUACUUUAUCACACAGCAUGGAUGAAAGAGAUUUCACAGUUAGAGUAUGCAUUGCAGGUUACACUAUUGGUACGUCACCCUGAAACUGGAAAGCUACUGGUAAAUUUUGAUCCCAAGAUUUUAGAGAUUGUUCGAGAAACAAAAUGUAUGAUAAAAAUGGGUCUAGAAGUACCAGAGCAGGCAAAGAGGAUAGUCAAAAUUGAAGGAGAAGUAAAAGCAAACAAAUUAUGCUUGGAGAACAUUCUACACUGCUAUGAAAAUUUGUGCCAAGAAGUUCCAACAGUGUUUGUCAACUUGAUGGCACCUAAAAUGAAGAAGGUGGAAUCUGUACUAAGGCAAGGUCUUACUGUUUUAACUUGGUCCUCUCUGACAUUAAAUAGCUUCUUUCAAGAUGUUGAUGAAGUUAUGAAAAUGUUUAAUCAGCUUUUGAAAAAGAUUAAUGACUUGUGUGAAAUGCAGAUUGAUUUAACACUGAAGGAUAUAUCAAAUACUCUGCUGCUGAUAUUACCUGAAAGUGCAACAAAAGUGGAGGACUUACUGGCACGCAAUGAGGUACACACAAAGGAAUGGGCUGAAAUAUUAAACAAUAAAAGUAGGCAUAUAGAAGAUGCUGUACAAGAACUCAUAUCAAUAUUUGAGCAAAUUUAUGAAGUUAAACAUGUCAAAAAGCCGGCUCCCAAAAAAUUUCAAACAUCAGAAGGAAAACAUGUAGCAUUUGGAGGUGGAGAAGAAGAGAGACUCUCUUCAGGGUCUUCAAUUAUGAUUAGUAGUGAAGAAGCUGAGGACAGUGAAAAAGAGGAUGAAUUCAAAAAGGAAUGCAAAGAGGUAGUUGCAUAUUUUAGCCAUCAGUUGCUGGAUAGCCUGCAGAAAACUACACGAUUAUCCUUAGAUGCUCUUAAAAGAAGAGUAUUUGUUUCAAGCUCCACCAACUUUGGACGGCUGCCUUAUUUACCUCAGACAACAGUCAAACCUGAAGAUGUUGUUACUUUUCUGAAAGCUGAAGUGCACUUAGCCAUUCCUCAUGUGGUGAUGGUGCCCAGUUUGGAUGAUAUCCAGCAAGCCAUCAACCGUAUGAUUCAGUUGACCUUGGAUGUAAGCCGGGGUGUGGCUCACUGGGGCCAGCAUCACUUGUUAAAAUCCAACAACCAGGGGGAAGGCAAUGUUCCUGCAUCGCCUAGUGCAUUAGGGAAGCUACAAAAAAAAGAAGAAAAAACACUAGAGGACCAAUUUCCUGUCAGAAAGCUGAGAAAUUUUUAUCCGGGUGUGGCAGAACAUAAGGAUAUAUCGAAAUUAGUUGUGCUUUUGUCCUCAGCAGUAAACUCAGUAAGGAAAGCUGCAAGUGAAGCAUUGCAAGACUUUCAAAAGUAUAAAGCCCUGUGGACAGAAGACAGGGAUGCUAAAGUUCAGCAAUUUUUGGCCAAUAAUCCAUCUCUGACUGAGAUCCGAUCAGAAAUUCUUCAUUAUGCUACCUUUGAACAGGAAAUAGAAGAUUUAAAACCAACAGUUUCUGUUGGCCCCAUUGAACUCAAUACAGGGCCGAUGAAAUUAGCUCUUUCAAUUGAAGCAAAAGCAUGGAAAAUGUUGCUCUGUCGCUAUUUAAAUGAAGAAUACAAGAAAAAAAUGCAAGACAUGAUAAGUUUUAUAACGGAGUAUCUGAAAAAAUUAUCUCGACCAAUUCGAGAUUUGGAUGAUGUUCGUUUUGCUAUGGAAGCUCUGUCCAAUAUACGCGAUAAAGAAAUAGAGAUGGAUAUGACAAUGGGACCUAUUGAAGAAGCCUACACAAUUUUAUAUAGAUUUGAAGUUGAAGUAACAAAGGAAGAAUCAGAAGGUGUUGAUACCUUACGGUACUCUUUUAAUAAGCUUCAAAGCAAAGCAGCUAGUGUCCAGGAUGAACUAAUUCAAGUCCAGCCCAAGUUUAAGGGUCAGCUUCUGGAGGCAGUUGAAGUUUUCCGUGAAGAUGUGUCAAAUUAUGAAGUAGCAUAUGAGAUGGAAGGACCAAUGGUUCCAAAUACACCACCUCAAGAAGCUAGCAAUAGAUUACAGAUAUUUCAGGCCAAUUUUGAUGAGCUCUGGAGGAAGUUUAUUACAUAUUCAUCUGGUGAGCAGCUAUUUGGAUUGCCUGUCACAGACUAUGAAGUUUUGCAUAAAAUCAGGAAAGAGUUGAGUUUGCUUCAGAAAUUAUAUGGUUUGUAUGAUACUGUGAUGAACAAUAUAAGUGGCUAUUUUGAAAUUCUUUGGGGAGAUGUUGAUAUUGAAAAAAUCAAUGCUGAACUUUUGGAGUUUCAAAACAGGUGCCGUAAACUACCUAAAGGGCUUAAAGACUGGCAAGCAUAUUUAGAUCUUAAAAAACGAAUAGAUGAUUUUAGUGAGUCUUGUCCACUUCUGGAAAUGAUGACCAACAAGGCUAUGAAACUGAGACAUUGGAACAGAAUUUCUGAAACAACUGGGCACCCAUUUGAUGUGGAAUCUGAUUCCUUUUGCCUUCGGAAUAUCAUGGAAGCGCCACUUCUCAAGCAUAAGGAUGAUAUUGAGGACAUCUGUAUAUCUGCUAUUAAAGAGAAAGAUAUUGAAGCUAAAUUGGCGCAAGUAGUAGAUAGCUGGGCAUAUCAGGUCCUGAGCUUUUCAGCAUUCAAAGGAAGAGGAGAACUACUUCUCAAGGGAACAGAAUCUUCUGAAAUUAUCACAAUGAUGGAGGACAGCUUAAUGGUCCUGAGUUCUCUGCUGAGUAACAGAUACAAUGCACCAUUUAAAAAAGAUAUUCAAAACUGGGUAUUCAAACUCAGCACCUCCAGUGAUAUAAUUGAAGAAUGGUUGAUUGUACAAAACCUCUGGGUUUACCUUGAAGCUGUUUUUGUAGGUGGGGAUAUCGCCAAGCAGUUACCCCAGGAAGCAAAACGUUUUCAAAACAUUGAUAAAUCAUGGAUAAAAAUAAUGCAGCGAGCACAUGAAAAUCCCAAUGUAGUUAGCUGUUGUGUUGGAGAUGAAACCAUGGGACAACUUUUACCACAUUUACAUGAACAAUUGGAAGUAUGCCAGAAAUCACUUACAGGCCUUGAAUAUUUCUUUUCAUUUUUUAAAAAAUGUUCAGAAAGUAAUGAAAAGAAGUUGCAAAAUAAAAGACCACACCUUCCUGGUUUAUCUGACAAUAUAAAUGAAGUGGAAUUUCACCCAAAGGAUUAUGAUCGCAUUAUGACAGUUGUAUCGAGAGAAGGAGAAAAAAUUCCUUUGGACACCCCAGUAAAUGCAAAAGGACCCGUAGAGCUUUGGCUGUUCGACCUAUUGAAAAUGCAACAGUCUUCAUUACAUUGUGUAAUUCGGGGUGCAUUUUAUCAGAUUAGCGAUCCAAGCUUCCAACUACUAAAUUUCCUAUAUCAUUUCCCAGCACAGGUAGGAUUGCUGGGAAUUCAAAUGCUAUGGACCCAUGAUUCGGAAGAAGCAUUAACUAAUGCAAAAGAUGAUCGGAAAAUUAUGUCAGUGACCAAUCAGAAAUUUCUGGAUAUUCUAAAUACGCUUAUUAGCCAGACUACUCAUGAUCUUUCCAAGUUUGACCGAGUAAAAUUUGAAACCCUUAUCACCAUCCAUGUACAUCAGCGUGAUAUCUUUGAUGACCUGGUUAAAAUGCAUAUAAAAUCAGUGUCUGAUUUUGAAUGGUUAAAGCAGUGCAGAUUCUAUUUCAAGGAAGAUCUUGAUCACACAUUGGUGUCUAUUACUGAUGUUGAUUUUGUUUAUCAAAAUGAAUUUCUGGGAUGCACAGAUCGUCUCGUCAUUACCCCUUUAACAGACAGAUGUUAUAUUACAUUAGCUCAAGCUUUGGGAAUGAACAUGGGAGGAGCCCCAGCAGGACCUGCAGGGACUGGUAAAACAGAAACAACCAAGGAUAUGGGGAAAGCACUGGGGAAAUACGUAGUAGUAUUUAAUUGUUCAGAUCAAAUGGAUUUCAGAGGAUUGGGACGAAUUUUCAAAG